GUUUUAAUUAUUAUAAUGCGCCAUCUAGCGGUGACGGUGGGAUUUUUUUUUUUUGCCGAGAACCAAAACAAACAUGGCGGCUUGGAUUUUAUAUUAAUCGAUGUGAAAAUGGAGAUAAAGGAAAUUACACGAAUGGCGAUACAAAUAGAGAAAUUUCAUAAAGAUGGAAAUUAUGAAGACAUUUUAUGUUUAUUAACAGACAUUUACAGCACACAUGUGACAUUAGAGCAGCUACAGACCACUGAUAUCUGCAAAAGCAUUUAUCAACUUAUAAAGCCAUGUCCUGUAGCCAGUGUUCGGAAAAGAGGAAAGGGUGUGCUCUCAAAAUGGAAGCGUUUGUAUGGUUCACCACAUGAACACAAACAUAUCAAAGAUACAAGUAAUACAAAAGAAUGUGAAGCAACUGAACAAGAUAAAGCAGGCGCAUCCAAACGGGACCUAGAUCAAAAAGUGAAUGACCAAGAGUCGUGUGAAUCAUCUUCUAUGGGCGAUGCUUCUUUAAAUGAUACGACUGUUCACCCUCCAGAAGAUGAUGUGAGAACCCCCUUAACAGUUCCGUCUCCGAACACCGGCUCCACAAAGUCCUCAGUCUUGAGAAACAAGUGUGUAGAGCUCCUUAUCCAGGCUCUAAACCCAGAUCAGGCUUACCCUGAGCUGACGAGUCAGCUAGCUCACACUAUUGAAACACACAUAGACACCGUCCAUGGCCACAAUCUACCCAAAUACAAAUCCUGCAUAAGAAGCAAGGUGGCGAACCUGAAGAACCCAAAGAACCCACAUCUGCGCCAAGGUCUUCUGAGUGGCACAUUGGCUCCAGAGGUAUUUGCAAAGAUGUCUGCCCAGGAGAUGGCAGGUGAAGAGUUGCGCCAGCUCAGGCAGGGCUACACAGCAGCGGGCAUCAGCGAGCGCCAGCUGCCACAGGGAUUGGAGGGGACUGCCACUUCAAAGGUGCGAUGCCAGCACUGUGAUGGGAUGGACUGCAGGGUGACGCAGAUCUCCCGUGGCACACUUUUCCUCCCUUCCUGGGUGAAGAGAGGUAGUGACGAUGAACAAGCAAUGACCUUUAUGACUUGUGCUAACUGUGGGGCACAGUGGUACCAUAACCGGUGGGUGUGCUUUUGAUUUGACCCUGAAGACAUUGAAAAAUAAAUGCAGAGUUUUUAAGACUAUGGAAGGUUGGUAUGGAGGUGCAGUGGGAAGUCACCGCAAAAGACCAGGGACUCUGGUUUGAUUACUGUGUAUAAAGUUUUGCAUGGUUUCACUUGUAGAUGGAGAAGUCCAGUGUACCAAGGAUAGGCUCCAGAUCUCCCACCACCCUGAAAAGGUCAUGACCCUUACAAGGCCCAUAUUAAUUUGUUAAAAAUAUUUAUUACAUUUAUCACUACAUUACUCUCACUAUUAUAAAUUUAAACUUGUUAUUUUUUUUAUUUGUAUAUGAACACAUUAGGUAUAUUAUCAACAUUUCUGUUAAUCAUUAAAACUUGGAAUUACUCCAGGAUUAAAAAUAUGUCUGGAGUUCAUUUAUUUUGUUGUUCAACUCCUUUUAAAUGGCCUACCCUAACCAGAAUAAAUCUGGUACAUAAGAUGAAUGAAUGAAUGAAUGAAUGAAUGAAUGAAUGAAACUUAUUUAUUGCAAAUCUUAACACAGAGAUUUUCUUUUGUCCUUUACAUAUCAAGUGUAAUAAAAUAUUUUGUUUAAACAUGAA